GUGCUCCGGGGCUGCUGUCCUGCUCACUCGACUCCUGGACGUGGUGGUGCCCGCAUGGCCCGGUGUUCUCUCGCGGACGGAAGAUGCUGUUCGGGUGUCCGGGGAUUAAGAGGCGCUUCGGUGGGGUCCAGGGACGCGUGGGAUACUGACGGUUGACCUGCUCUGAUGAGGACCUUCUCAUCUGCUCUGGGGACCUUCUAACCUACUCUAAGAACCUUCUGACCUUCUCCAGGGCACACUGCGGACCGUCUAACCUGCUCUGAGGAACAAUGAGGACCUUCUAACCUGCUCUGAGGCACAUUGUGGACCUUCUGACCUUUUUUAGGGACCUUCUUGACCUGCUAUGAAGACUUUCUAACCUGCUCUAAGCACAAUGAGGAGAACCUUCUGACCUGCUCUGAGGACCUUCUGACCUGCUCUGAGCCACAUUGAGGAUCUUCUGACCUGCUUUGAGGCAAGGUGACGACUUUAUGACCUGCUCUGAAACAUAGUGUAGAUCUUUUCAGCUCUGAGGUAUAUGAGAACAUUCUGACAUGCUCUGAGCUCAGUGAGGACCCCGAGCACUGACACUGUCCAAACCAAGCCAUGACAUGUUCCGGAGCAGGAGAGGUGUCACCUGUGCUACUUUCAAUGAGGGACCCCUGAGGAUCUUUCAGGGGCAUGCGGGCCCCUUCCACACAAAGCUAUGUGCAACAUCUCCUUCUGUGAUGUGGACAGUAAAGUAGACCAGUACUUCCAGCCUACUCUGUACAUCAUAGUCAUCGUGCUCGGGCUGCCCACCAACUGCAUGGCUCUGUGGGCCGCAUAUAUGCAGGUGCGGCAGAGGAACGAGCUGGGGGUGUACCUGAUUAACCUGUCUGUGGCUGACCUGCUGUACAUCUCCACCCUCCCGCUGUGGAUCGACUACUUCCUGCAGCGCGACGACUGGAUUCACGGCCAGGAGAGCUGCAAGCUCUUUGGCUUCAUCUUCUACACCAACAUCUAUGUGAGCAUCGCCUUCCUCUGCUGCAUCUCCCUGGACCGCUUCCUGGCUGUGGCCUAUCCUCUGCGCUUCGCCAAGGUGCGCCGUGUCAAGACAGCCAUGCUGGUCAGUGCUGUGGUGUGGAUCAUUGAGAUUGUGGCCAACUCUGCUCCGCUGUUUCACGAUGAGCUGUUCCAAGACCGCUUCAACCACACCUUCUGCUUUGAGAAGUACCCCAUGCAGGACUGGGUGGCGGGCAUGAACCUGUACAGGACGUUUCUGGGAUUUCUGGGCCCUUGGACAGCCAUGUUGGUAGCAUACCGUGGGAUCUUAGCAGCGGUGCGCUGUAACGUAUCCACAGAGCGUGAGGAGAAGGCUAAGAUCCAACGUCUGGCUCUGAGCCUGAUCCUUAUUGUGCUGCUGUGUUUUGGGCCAUACCAUGCGCUGCUGCUGGUGCGCUCCAUUAUGUUCUUGAGGAGGCCCUGUGACUGCAGCUCAGAGGAGAGCCUGUUCGCUGCUUAUCAUGUGUCUCUGGCCCUGACCAGUCUAAACUGUGUAGCGGACCCCAUCCUGUACUGCUUUGUGAACGAAGGGGCACGCAAUGAUGUGGGCCGAGCUCUAAUGGCCCUGCUGUCUGCAGCCUGCCACAGAGGCUCGGUCUCCUCGCCUUCCCAUGCUGACGUCAUCACAGGCUCUGUUACCAUGGAAACACCAUUGUCCACCAAGAAAUAUGCCUGUGUGUUCACUGAUACUGAUAAGAACAAUAGCUAUAAGACAGAGCUGGUGGCUUUAAAGCAGGAGUGUCUGCAGAUGACUAUCCUCAGGAAGUGAGUAGUAAGCCUGGCUCUCACUGCUCUGUAAGCACAAAGUCUAGUUCUACUGAGCCUGAGCUCUACACACAGGGUCCAAACAGUGCUACUAUCAGUGAAACCAUUUUGUAUUUCAUUUGAAAAGUUAACAUGUUGAUCCAAAUAAAGUCUUCCCUUACAAUUGCC